AACUGGGUUUGCAGCAAACAUUGACGUUUGGAUAGUAAAUACUAGUCACAUGGUGGAAUUAAAAAAAUAUUUAAUUUGAAGAAAAACAAUUCCUAGUCAGUUGUCGGUGCUAUUUUUCGGUAUGUCUCGGCGGUUUCUUUUGCGUGAUGGUAAGAUGGAGGAAGAAUUGUUGGAAGAAAGUACAGGAAGGGAACAAGUCCAUAUAAAAGUUGAGGCUAUCGUUCAGGUCAGAGAUUUGCGGGACAGACUGCACAAGGAGGUGUGCUCGCAUAUAAGUUCAUCUAAACACAUUUCGAGAGAUGAUUUAAGCCACCGUGAUUUCAUCUUCAAUUUGCAAGAAGGAAAGAUGGUAAAUUGUAUGCUGUAAAAAUUACGAAGGAAGAGGUCAUGAAUAUGUCUGCUGACACCGUUGAUUUACAUUCGAUGACCGCUCUACUCUGGCGUGACCCCCAUCGCAGGAUUCGAGAGAUAACAUUUGGUGUGUCAGUGUACAGUGACCCUCUCGUUGCCGCGAAUAAUGCUAUACACUAUGCGUAUUCAGGAGCUUGUUCCAUUUUGGACAAAAUUGACCCGAGUUUCACAGCCGUUAAGACUGAUCACGUGGUGUAUCCUAUUUUUGCUGUAAAUUUUAAAUCAGCCACUGGGCUCAAACAGUAUCGAAGGCAAAAGGAUGGAUCUCCUGGAUCAUUUCAAAGCAAAGCGACAGUCGCAGUAUUUCAAAAUAUUGCUCCACAACUCAAUCAGAUAAUCGAUGGAAAAUUGAAUGGGUUACUCACACAUGUCAAGAAGGAGAAAGAAGAAGAAUUGGUAGUGACGAUUGUUCCCAAAAAGGAAUCAUCAAAGCCCCGACCUAAGCGGUAUAGAUGCAAAGUGAACGGUUGUUCAUUUGCUACCUCCGACACAUGGAACUUCACAACACAUGUAAACACUCAUACGAAAGAGGUAUCGUUCCAGUGCCCAGGGUGUCCCGCACAAUUCACAACCAAGGGAAGUAUGGUUAGACACCAACCUAUCUGCCCAGCAAUAACGGGGAAGGCAGUAGGAAAAGUGUCUUUUGGGCCACGACGAAGGACCUCCUCUACCAAAAACAAGACGCUCCCAACUGAAUCUGCCUCUGGCAGCCUCCCUCGGAAACUGCCCUUUUCCAAUUUAACAAAUUUCUCUCUCAAACGGCCCAACCUACCGGACGUCCAAGGAACAAUCAAAUUCCCCCCCAAAAAGCUGGCGUUAAGUCCAACUCCGAAUAUUGUAGAAGGAAACGCCACUACCACCAUCACGACAUUACAGUCAGAGAAUGAAGAAUUGCGCCGAGAGAAUGAAGAAUUGCGCCGAGAGAAAGGAAACGCCACUACCACCAUCACGACAUUACAGUCAGAGAAUGAAGAAUUGCGCCGAGAGAAAGGAAACGCCACUACCACCAUCACGACAUUACAGUCAGAGAAUGAAGAAUUGCGCCGAGAGAAUGAAGAAUUGCGCCGAGAGAAAGGAAACGCCACUACCACCAUCACGACAUUACAGUCAGAGAAUGAAGAAUUGCGCCGAGAGAAAGGAAACGCCACUACCACCAUCACGACAUUACAGUCAGAGAAUGAAGAAUUGCGCCGAGAGAAAGUGCAACUCAAAAGAGAUAGGGCUUUUGCGUUAAGAAAAGCAAAUAAUAGUACAAAUAAUACUGAUUACAGACGGUAAAAUCACUAGCAGGUUCCAUAUUUAUUGGCAAGUCCUUAACAAAUCCGACAACUCUGGGGCUGUUGGGGAAUGUCAUUUUGCAAGGUAUCUACAUUGUUAGAUUGGUAACGUUUAAAUCAUUUUGUAAUCAUUUUGUGCAAAGUUUUAUUACCGUCGCAAAGUAGCCAAGUCCACUGAGAGCAUGAGCUAGACGUUUAUCAUCCGUGAUUACCUGCAAACCUCCAUUUUUCAUUUUUUCAUAUGCAAACUUGAUGUUAAGCACGGCAACUGGAUCCCCGUCUGUGAUAUGUUGCAAACUCACUACACGAACUUGUUUAACAAUCUGCAAAAUUUUCAAAGUGGUUAUACUUUUACUUGUCAAGUUAAAGGAUUAAAAUUAAAAGCAACCGUAUAAUCUGGCAAAUUCGUCAUUCGACACCCACUGACCUGUAAAUAAAUAUUUAAUUGGUAAAUAAAUUGGUGUACAACAACAU